ACGGCUGUCAUAGCUCUUAGGUUAUCAACUUGUGGUAGACCAGAAACCACCCUGGAGGGGAGCCUUGAUUGAAGAAUUGUCCCCUGUGGGCAGGCCUGUGCUGCAUCGGCUUUGACUGUUAAUUGAGGUGGGAGGGCCCACCGUGUAUAUGGGUGGUACCACGUCAUACACUGAGUCCCCACUCUGUCUUAGAAUAAGGAAACCUCGUUGAUGAGAAGCAGGCAGAUGCCAAGGAUCCAGUUUAUCCUCUGCUCCUGACCGUGGAUGUGAUGUAACUAGCUUCUUGUGUUCCUGCUAGGACUUCUCGACAAUAAUGGACUAUAACCUGUUUUCCUUGUUUGUUUGUUUGUUUUUUGUUGUUUGGUCAGGGUGCUUUCCCAAGGCAUCAGAAUAAAACUGGAACAAUGGCACAUGUCUGUGAUCCUAGUACUUGGGAGACUGAGACUAGGAACUUGAGGAUUCUAGGACAGUUUGGACUUUGUUGGGAAACCCCACCCCAAAGAGAAAAAUAAAUAGAAGAAAACCAGUUCAGAUUCUGUGGCUGUGGUGACUGUUCUAGUGGCACACAGUAUCUGUGUCCUGAGGUAACUGGUCUAGUUGGAUUCUUGGUCAGAAUCACUGAGGUUGCCUGUUAAAACUCAGAUUUCCCCAGUCCUUCUGCAGGCCUGUGAAUUCGGGGCCUCUGAGGGUUGGACCAAGAUGUGACUAUGCAUGCCUGACUUCCUGAGUGAUUCAGCCAUAGGGCCCUACUGAGAACUAUGGGUACAAUGAGACGAAAGAUGAGUCAAAGGCUGAGGAGACGCCUCCGUUAGUAAAGUGCUUGCCACAGAAGCACAAGGACCUGAUUCCCAGAAGUCACAUGCAAAACACCUGGUGGUAUACAUGCGCAAUCCAGGCCUCAGGAGUCAGAGAUAGGCAGCCUAGCCCACUUGGUGAGGUUCGAGCCAAUGAGAGAUGCUGUGUCAGGAAAACAAGGUGAAUGACCCCUAAUAAUGACAUCAGAUUAUCUCCUGGCUUUGGAAGGUGAUCAAAUCUGAAUGCUUAGCGUCAUUGGCUUGGGGAGGACAGUGUGAGGGGUCAGUGGAUGUGACAAUGUCCUGGUCCCCAGAGGCAGUGAGUAGAACAGUGUAGGAACCUCAGGUGUGUCGGAGAACGGCAGCUAGCCUCAGAGUGUUUCUCAACAGAUUGUGGCAUCAAAGGAGGAAGGAGGGUGUCACAAAAUUAGGUUCUCUACUUUGGCCCCCUUCUGUGUGUCCUGGGGCAGCUUCCUCCUGUCGCAUUUCCCUCAGGGUUUCUCAAUGGGACAAAGGAGCGGAACCUGUGGGGACAGAAGCCAGUCAACUUCUAAGUGGAGCAGCAUGCUCCCACAACUCUGUCGCUUGGCCUCUUGCCUCUGGCCAUUGGCAGUUAGCACACCCAGGAAGGUGCUUCAUACGGAGGAGGCAGGGACCUGGGGGAUGUCACCACUGCUGCUAUGGCUGGGGCUGUUGCUCUGUGUUUCGGGGCUCAAAGAUGGAGAUGAGGAAGAACAGAAGUGUUUUCUGAAGGGUGAGAACCUGACCCUGACUUGUCCUUACAACAUCAUGCUACACUCAUCCAGCCUGAAGGCCUGGCAACGGGUCAGAAGCCACGGUUCUCCAGAGACCCUGGUGAUCACAAACACCAGAAAGCCAGACUUCAAUGUGGCCCGGGCUGGGAGGUACUUGCUGGAGGAUUAUCCCACCGAAUCCAUCGUCAAGGUCACCAUGACUGAACUGCAGAAGCAAGACGUGGGGCUGUACCAGUGUGUGAUCUACCUCUCUCCUAACAAUGUUGUCAUCUUGUAUCAUCGGAUUCGCCUGGUAUGGUGCCAAGACAAGGACGUUGGAUGUGGUGAACUCGAAAGCCAUCUACUUCCACAUCAUGGAAUCCGCCAGAGAAGCUGGUCCUGAGUUCAAAUCCCAGCAACCACAUGGUGGCUCACAACUAUCUGUAAUGGGAUCCGAUGCCCUCUUCUGGUGUGUCUGAAGACAGCUACAGUGUACUCAUAUUCAAAAUAAAUAAAUAAAUCUAAAAAAAAAAAAAAAAAGACCACGGGUGACAGAGUGCCUAGCUCUACUGACCGCUCAAUAGGAGAAUCACGUGACACCCGGAAUGGUGAGGCUGACUCCGCUGUGUAGGUAAACAGUUCCCCUGCCCUCAGCUUAGGUCAUUAACUCACUCCUGAAAGUUGCGCAAGGACUAUUUUAGCGGCCCUUGACAGAGCAAAGUGCCACUUCAGAGACUAGAAGAUUCUAGGUCUUUACUUGCUUUCUGCCCUGAACCUGCUCAGCGACCUUAGACAAAUCCCGUAUCUUCUCUGGUGGUCAGUAAGCUCUUGGCAGUCUGGCUUUCCCAUUACGGCAUUUGAUAGCGGCCCCAUCUUGGAUUCCUUUAUAUAUAUUGAUCACAGGGAGAUAAAGGUCUCACUUGCAUUUCACACUGGGUCAAAUCUACCUGCUCCAGGCACUGGAAAAUUUGAACCUUUGUUCUCUGAACCCAUCACUUCACUUCCACCCAUCCUUUUGCUGAAGUCCUAGUUAAAAAGCUACAGGAAAAGUCGCUGGAAUGCCCGGGUGAGCGAUCCUGUGCGAGAACUGCACCGAGCUCAAUAUAGGAUAGACAGUUAUCAGAUGCAAACCGGGAGGGACCAGAAGCCACGCUGGGACAGCUUCCUUUACCUUCUCUCCAGGGACGGGAGGAAUGGCAUCUGGCACAGGUUUUCUCUGCCUAGAGGGAUGGCGGGAGAAUUAGGAAAUAACCCUCCACAGAGUGCAACUUCGGUGCCCAGAGUGGUCUGGAGGGGAGAGUGCAGUCAGCUGGGUGCAGUUCUUUGUUUUAUUUUUAGUUUCAGCUAGGUUACCAGCAAGUUCCUCAUACCAACCCUCCACAACCUCUCCCCUCCCUUCCUUUUCACUUCUCUCUCCCUUCCUCCCUUGUUGCAAAAAAAUAUUUUAAAACAUCCCGUGUUUUCUUAGACACACACACACACACACACACACACACACACACACACACACACACACACACACA